UAUACAGCGCAUUGUCAGAGGCCCUCCUGAGCUGAGUCCCUUCCCUUUCCCCCGGUCCAGUGGCGGACGCCCUAGCCAGGCACCACAGGCCACAGCCUGGGCUGCCCCACUGCCCCUGUCGCCGUCGGGCAAGCGCCGUCCAACCUGUGCGUCACCGCCUCCGCCUUCAGUUUCGCCUCCAGCAGGGGCGCCGCGUGGGGUAUUCGGUUCGUCGUCGAGGAGAGAGAGUCACUUCUGCCGAGGGAGCAGGGAUGGAGCCGGUCGUGGGGAUCGUGGUGUCAAACAAGAUGCAGAAGUCGGUGGUGGUUGCGGUGGACCGCCUCUUCCACUAUAAGAUGUACAACCGCUAUGUCAAGCGCACCUCUAAGUUCAUGGCACACGACGAGGCUGACUCCUGCAACAUUGGCGACCGGGUUGUAGGGUGGGGAUUGGGCUCGAGAAGGGCGGCGGCGCUGGGGCGCUGUCGUGACCCUGGCUGGGUCGCGCGCAGGGAGAAGAUUCCAGGAGACUCUGGCUUCAUCUGGGAAGCCAGAAUAAAUUGGUUAGGCUGGACCCUUCUAGGCCCUUGAGCAGAUAUAAGCACUGGGUUGUUGCUGAAAUUCUUCGCAGAGCUAAGGUAUAUGUUCCACCAGCUGCAACAGCGUCCAGUCAGUCCAGUGAACAUAAUAGCAAAUCUCAAAAGGCUGGUGUUGCUACCAAAUGAUCCAUAUGCAGUUACUCAAGCAAGAUGCAGCUAUGGCUUUUUUUCUUCUUCUGUAUGUUUGUUUGGAAUGUGGAUGCCAUGUUUAGCCAUGGAAGAAAAAAUAGCACGCAGCCACCAUCUUCGCUUAAUUUAGUUUGUUCUCCUGUGGUGUCCUCCCUUUAAUGGUAGCCAUCGAGGAUAUAAUUACCAUAUUCAACAAGACCAGUGGAUACUAUAUCGGCAGUUGUCUUUGUAUUUGCAUGCA